GUUUCUUGUACUCCUAAUUCUUCACUCUUAUUACUGUUUAAUCCCAAAUUAGACAGCCCCUUUUCCCAGUGUCCCCUGUAUUCAGAAAACCAGCUCAUUCUUACACACACUCCCCAACCAAUACCACCUUACACAACAAACACUUCCAUCAGUAAUCAGUAUACUAUGCUCCUUCUCUCUUCUCAUUCCUUCCUCUUCAAACCCCUUUUUUUCUCUCACUCUAAAAUCAACAAUUUCUAAUCAUCAAAAAACAAUUUCCAAAAAUUGAGAAAAAACAACAACCAAAAAUCAUGAAAUUUUCACAAAUUUCAUCAUUUUGUUUCCUCCUCCUCACACUCCAAUCUCUCUCCUCACUUCCCAUUGCAAAAUCAACACAACCCAUGAACUGUUCUGACACUACUCGCCUCUGCACUUCAUUUUUAGCUCUAAAACCCACCUCAAAUUUAACCCUUUCUUUGAUCCAAAGCAUGUUUGAUGUUUUCCCAAAAGAUGUAACAGUUGAAAACAGCAAAAAAGACUUAAUCUUUGUGAAAAAGAACUGUUCUUGUGAUCCUAGAUUGAGAAAAUACUUAACAACAACUACUUUUACUGUGAGAAAUGGAAGUGGGUUAGUGCAUGAUUUGGUGAAUGAUGCAUAUCAAGGGUUGGCUUUUUUGCCAGUUUCUAAUAAUAGUAAUUCUAGGAUUGCAAGACCUGGAGAAGUGGUUUCUGUGAGAAUGUUUUGUGGGUGUUCAAGUGGGUUGUGGAAUUAUUUGAUGAGUUAUGUGAUGAGAGAUGGAGAUACGCUUUCUUCUUUAGCUAGUAGAUUUGGGGUUAGUAUGGAUAGUAUUGAGCAAGUUAAUGGAAUUUCUAAUCCUGAUAAUAUUACUGUUGGAGAACUUUACUAUAUCCCCUUGAAUUCAGUUCCUGGUGACCCAUAUCCGAUAGAGACUAGUAUUCCUCCAGCUCCGGUGCCUACUCCAUCAAUGAGCAAUGUCGCAGAUACAGAAAGCAGCACAAAUCACAAGGGGCAUGUGCCUUAUGGAUGGAUACUAGGAGGUCUGGGGGUUGGUUUAGCUGUGAUUGUCAUACUUGUACUCUUAUUCAUUGUGUUGAAAUCGUCAAUCUGCUCCCAGGAUGGGGAAGAAAGUCAUGCAAAAGAUCCUAACGGAAGGAAUGCGCAUAAGUUUCAGAUUCUGCGGAAUACUAGUUUCUGUUGUGCUUCAGGAAGGUUCUGCAGCACUUCAGAUGAAUGGAAGCAAAAUGUUGAGCCAAAUGACCAUCAUCAGAUAAACAUUCCUAAAGCAAUAGGUAAUGAUGCUUUUGAGGUGGAAAAGCCUGUUGUGUUCACCUAUGAAGAUAUCGUUGCUGCAACAGAGGGAUUCUCUGAAUCAAAUCUUCUUGGGCAUGGGGCUUAUGGUUCAGUGUAUUAUGGUCUUCUUCAUGACCAGGAGGUCGCAAUCAAAAGAAUGACUGCUACAAAAACUAAGGAGUUCACAGCAGAGAUGAAAGUCUUAUGCAAGGUUCACCAUACAAAUUUGGUGGAAAUGCUUGGUUUCGCCGCCACCGAUGAUGAGCUCUUUGUUAUUUAUGAGUAUGCACAAAAAGGUUCACUAAAGAAUCAUUUGCAUGAUUCUCAUAAUAAAGGGCAUACAUCUCUCUCAUGGAUCAUGAGGGUUCAGACAGCUCUAGAUGCUGCUAGAGGUUUGGAGUAUAUUCAUGAACACACAAAAAAUCAUUAUGUUCAUCGAGAUAUUAAAUCAAGCAAUAUCUUGCUUGAUGGAGCCUUUAGGGCAAAGAUUUCAGACUUUGGGCUGUCAAAACUUGUUGGUACAGCAGCUGAUGGAGAAGCUUCAGCAACAAGAGUGGUUGGAACUUAUGGUUAUUUGGCUCCUGAGUACUUGAGCAACGGCCUUGCCACAAGCAAAAGUGAUGUUUUUGCUUUUGGCGUGGUUCUUUUUGAAUUGAUAACUGGGAAGGAGGCUGUAAUUAGAACCGAAGGCAUGCCAAAAGGUCCAGAAAGACGUUCACUUGUUUCCAUUAUGUUGGCAGCGUUGAGGCAUGUGCCUGAUUCCAUGAGCACGUCAAACUUCAGGGACUACAUUGAUCCAAAUCUCAUGGAUUUGUAUCCACAUGAUUGCGUAUACAAGGUGGCCUUGUUGGCAAAGCAAUGUGUAGAUGACGAUCCUAUCUUGCGACCAGACAUGAAGCAAGUUGUGAUAUCUCUUUCACAGAUCCUUCUCUCUUCUGUAGAGUGGGAAGCAACACUUGCUGGGAACAGUCAAGUAUUCAGUGGGCUUGUCCAAGGACGAUAACAGAGACAGACCGUUGUGUGAGUCGACAGUCAUUGCAUUUCGAUAUUGAAAUCGAAGAUCCCAACUCUAAAUUCUUCAUAAUAAUUGCUUCUCAAUUUUGCUUGUAUUUAUGUGUACAGUAAGUUAUGGUAGUGGUUGCCCUUUUUUGCCAUCUUUUUUUUGUUCGUCCUAUUUUGGCUUUUCUCCCAAAGAUCUGUAAGAUCUCUUUAAUUCAUUACAACCACCUUACUAUGUCCAUAUGGUAAGGCAUGUAUCCCAUUAGGCCUAUGCUGAUAGAUCUAGCAAAAUCAGUUUUAUGUUGUACAGUUUAUGCCACAGAAUACAGCUAGCAGUAAACUUAUGAUGCAAUAUCUAAUUGUUUAAUUGUUUA